AACAACACAUAACCCUCACGAAACCUAGCUUAUUACUCUUAUAGCAAGCUUGUGAUCAUUAAUUCCCUUCAUAAGGUCCAAAAUUCGACGCGAUCGUCACGCCAAAAAUGACAUUUCGAUUGUUUGAAAUCCUUGGAUUGUUGCUUCUUUUUCUUUCUCCGAUUGUAUCUGGCUACACAGCCACUGAAAUAAAGUCAUGGUGUAGCCAAACACCAUAUCCCAAACCCUGUGAGUACUUCUUGAGCCAUAACCCCAAUUAUGGCCCUGUCACAAAAAGGUCUGAUUUUUUUAAGGUGUCACUACACCUUGCCCUAGACCGUGCCCUAAAUGCCCAUAAUAAUGCAUACAAGCUCGGCUCAAAGUGUCGUAACGAGCUCGAAAAAGCUGCAUGGUCUGAUUGUCUUGAGCUCUAUGAUUACACUAUUUCGAGGCUCAACAAAACCUAUGAUCCUAACACUAAGUGCUCCCAAGUUGAUCAACAAACAUGGCUCAGCACGGCUCUAACCGACCUCGAGACGUGCCGGGCCGGGUUUCUGGAGCUAGGGGUUUCGGACUAUGUGUUACCCAUGAUGUCAAAUAAUGUGACCCAGCUAAUUAGCAACAGUUUGUCCAUGAAUAAGGUCGCGUAUGGUGUGCCAAGCUAUAAAGAGGGGUUCCCCACUUGGGUUGGGGGCCAUGACCGGAAACUGUUGCAGUCAUCGUCUCCGGCCUCUCAGGCGAACGUCGUGGUGGCUUCGGAUGGGUCGGGGGAUUACAAGACAGUGAAGGAGGCAGUCGCUGCAGCUUCGAAGCGAUCGGGAAGUGGAAGGUAUGUGAUAUACGUGAAGGCAGGGACAUAUAAGGAGAAUGUUGAAAUUGGAACAGGUUUGAAAAAUAUCAUGUUGUUGGGUGAUGGUAUUGGGAAGACUAUCAUCACUGGAAGCAAAAGUGUUGGAGGAGGCACUACCACAUUUAAAUCAGCCACAGUUGCUGCGGUUGGAGAUGGAUUCAUUGCCCGCGGCAUCACAUUCCGAAACACCGCCGGAGCGGCAAACCACCAGGCGGUGGCUUUCCGGUCAGGCUCCGAUCUCUCGGUCCUUUACCAGUGCAGCUUCGAGGGGUACCAAGACACCCUCUAUGUCCACUCUGAGAGGCAAUUUUAUAGAGAGUGUGACAUUUAUGGCACGGUCGAUUUCAUUUUUGGAAAUGCUGCAGUUGUGCUUCAAAAUUGUAACAUUUAUCCACGAAAACCACCUAACAAGACCAAUACCAUAACAGCCCAAGCUAGGACUGACCCUAACCAAAACACUGGAAUUUCCAUCCACAAUUGUAAGGUCACGGCGGCUUCGGAUUUAAAACCGGUUCAGAGUUCGGUAAAAACAUACCUAGGGAGGCCAUGGCAAAAAUAUUCGCGCACAGUCUACCUUAAGACGAGUCUGGAUAGCUUAAUUGACCCGGCUGGUUGGUACCCUUGGGAUGGCAAUUUCGCUCUUGAUACAUUGUAUUAUGGAGAGUAUAUGAACACGGGUCCGGGUUCAUCCACGGCUAAUAGGGUAAAAUGGAAGGGCUACCAUGUCAUUACUAGUGCAGCCGUGGCGGGUAAGUUCACCGUCGGGAGCUUUAUUGCCGGAGGUUCGUGGCUGCCGGCCACCAAAGUGCCUUAUACAUCCGGACUUUGAUUGUUUUAGUGUUGCAUUUUUAAUUGUAUAUGCAUGUUUGAUUAAUGUCUUGGCAACGAAGGUACUAAUUUGAGUUCCUUGUUGCACAAAAAUAAAAUUAAUUGUGUGUGCCCAAUUAUCAGUUCUGUAAUAGAAUUGUAAUUCUUUUUUCUAAUAAUGAUGAAUGUCAUUUGUUGUCAUCCUAA